AUGAGCACUUUAGAACAAGCCACUAAAUUUAAACAAGCCAAAGAUUAUCAAAAUGCUGAAAAACUGUUUAUUGAAAUAUUUGAAAAAAAUGAACAGCAAUUGAAACAAAAUGAUUACAAAUUGUUUAACAGAUCUAAAAUUCUACAAGAACAAGAGCAAUGUAUCUUAGAAUUAGGUGAAUUAUAUGCCGAAACUAAGCAAAAUAAUAAAUUAAGCAAUUUGAUUAAGAAUGGGAGAAUAUUUAUGAUGGCUUAUGCAAAAAGUAAGAUUUCAAAAGUUUUGAAAUCGUUAAUUGAGUACUACGAUAAAAUUCCAGAUUCUAUUGAUGACCAAAUUAGCAUCUGUAAAGAUUGCAUUGAAUUUGCUGUUCAAGAAAAAAGAGUAUUUUUAAAGCAUACUUUGUCAAUUAGAUUAGCUACAUUGUAUUACAACAAACAGCAGUUCAAACACUCUUUGGAAUUGAUUAAUGGGUUAUUGAGUGAAUUCAAGAAAUUGGAUGAUAAAUCAUCUCUAGUUGAUGUUCAUUUAUUAGAAAGUAAAGUAUAUCACAAAUUGAGGAAUAUGCCAAAAGCUAAAGCUGCUCUUACAAGUGCUAGAACGGCAGCCAAUUCUAUUUAUUGCCCUUCUUUAACUAUUGCCGAAUUGGAUUUAAUAAGCGGUAUUUUACAUUGUGAAGAUAAAGAUUACAAAACUGCGUUUUCUUAUUUUUAUGAAGCGUUUGAUACUUUCCAUGAAUCCAAGACGUCUUACCAAAAAAGCUGUCAAGUUUUAAAAUAUAUGCUACUUUGUAAAAUCAUGUUGAAUUUAUUGGAUGAUAUUAAUUCUAUUUUGGACGCCAAAUAUACCAAGGAUACAUAUCAAUCUCGAGACAUUGACGCAAUGAAAGCUGUGGCAGAGGCAUAUUCUAACAGGUCUUUGUUGGAUUUUAAUAAAGCUAUGAAAAUGUACGAACCAGUCUUAAAAAGUGAUCCGUUGAUUAGAUCACAUUUGAACGCAUUAUACGAUGCAUUAUUGGAAUCAAACUUGUGUAAGAUUAUUGAGCCAUUUGAUUGUGUGGAAAUAUUUCAUAUUUCUAAUUUAAUUGGUUUAGAUAUCGUGCAAGUUGAAGGUAAACUAUCUCAAAUGAUUUUGGAUAAAGUUUUUUAUGGUGUUUUGGAUCAAGGUAAUGGUUGUUUACACAUAUAUCAAACUCCUCAGUUAGAUGCUACUUAUGAUUCAUCUUUAGAAUUAAUUGGUAAUUUAAAUAGGGCCCUUGAUCAAUUAUUUGAUAAGGCCAGUUUAUUGAAUUAA